CCUAGUCGGCAUCUCUCAGUAUUCUGCUCUAUGCCUUGGUUUCCCUCACUCGGCAUGUCAGUCUGAAGCCACCGCCCAUUUCAGUCUCAGCCACACCUUCUCCCAAUACACAAGCUCGCACCUUUUCCAGGAUACUUGUUAAAGAUUGAGUUUUUAAGCUUGAUCAAUACUCAUCAGUUUGAUCAAUACUUGAAAUCUAAUUCAGUUUUCUGUGGUUAAAAUGGGAUUUGGAGCACUAAGAUCAUUGUGCCGACCCCUAUCACGAACCCUAAUAUCUCGGACCUUGGCUUCCUCUGUGACGUCACUAGCUGUUAACCCUGUGCAUCUGAGGCCUGAGCUCCGCUUUGUUUCCAGUGGCCAGGCUCCAUGGUUCCUUCCGAUUUUAAACUGUUUUCACAGCUUGACGGACACUCGAUUCCCAAAACGGCGACCCAGUGAUAAGCCUCGCCGAAAGAGGUCCAGCAUACGACCUCCUGGACCAUAUGCUGGGGUUCAGUAUGUUCCUGGUGAACCAAUAGUGCCUAGUAGACCCAAUGAAGGUAGUGUGAAGAGGAGGAAUGAGAAGAAACGCAUGAGGCAGCGUCAUGCAUUUAUCUUGUCUGAGAAAAAGAAGAGGAAAGCUCUGGUGCAGGAGGCAAAAAGAAAGAAAAACAUUAAGAGAAUUGAGAAUAAAAUGGCUGCUGUUGCAAGAGACAGAGCGUGGGCUCAGACACUGACUGAACUGCAGCAGCUGGAGGAAGAGAAGAAGAAAUCAAUGGCUUAAGGUCCUGUCAUCAAACCUUGUUCCCAAUGGUAAUCUUGGCGCAGAUGGACUUUAUCCAAUUAAUGGACUGGAUCUGAGGUUGUAGCUUGCUACGUUAACAGUAACAGGCUGCACUCUUCUAUAGCAAAGUGUUUUGCAGGUUUUUCGCACUAUAGAUUCAUCUUGUAUUGAUAGAAUCAGUGUUUUUUGAUUCAAAAUAGUUGUUUUAGGCUGGCUGCAUUUGUCAUACAGUUUUCGAGUGGUAGAAACGCGAGUUUUGUGGGUUCAUACUAAAUAAGUGUCAUAUGUUUCCUCAUAAGAGGGAGUGUUCCCAGAUGCCCUCACUUUAAAUAACACCAUCAUUUAUCAUCA